AACGUCCCAAACAGUGAGGUCACGUGAUCAUGAUUAAGGUCCUAAACAGUGAGGUGAUAAAGUGUAAAGCAGGUUUGGUUUUAGAGGUGAAUGAUAUUAAUUCACAUGAAAUGAUAUAAAACAUUAAAUGACGCGUGAUGAUCUUGAUGUUUCCAUAAAUAAAAGGAAAUAAUGAGAAACACACCAGAAGCUGUUUUAAUGCGCUGAAGCUGCCAGUGUGUGGCAGUGUGAGGGGCGGAGGAGUUUCCUGCUCAGCAGUAGUGAAGUAGUGCAGUAGUAGUGUAGUGCAGCAGUAGUAGUACAGCAGUAGUAUUAGUACUGUAGUAUUAGUACAGUAGUAGGAAACAUGUCGCGGUACAGCAGGGAGGUCCUGUUGGCCACCAGCUUCCUGUGCAGCAGCAGAGGAGCCAUGCAGCUGCUGCAGCUGCGGCGGGAGCUGCGGCAGCGCUGCAACAUCAGCCAACAGGAGUUCAGCUUCAUCGUCCAGGAGUGUCCCCGCUUCCUGCUGGUCCGCGGCCCGGCGGGGGCCGGCGGGGGCCGGCUGGAGGACAGCACGGUGGUGGCCAAGACGUCCCUGCGGCUGUGCAGGCGGUACGGCAGGGAGCAGUGCGCGGACUGCCAGCAGCUGCACCUCUGCAAGUUCUUCAUCUACGGAAACUGCAGGUUCGGCAAGGGCAGGAAACCGUGUAAAUUCUCCCACGACAUUCGCUCAGAUCAUAACUACCGUUUACUGCGAGAGUGCACGCUGCACGAGCUGCAAGAGGACGACCUGUUCCUGCUGCUGCUGCAGAACGACCCCGCCCUGCUGCCCGAGGUGUGUUUGCACUACAACAAAGGCUGCGGUCCUCACGGCUCCUGCAGCUUCCCGGAGACCUGCACCAAAGUGCACCUGUGUCUGCACUUUGUUCAGGGCGACUGCAUGUUUGGAUCGAAGUGCAAACGUCAGCACUCCAUCGAUGAACGCGGCCGCCGCAUGCUGGAGGAGCGCGGCCUGAGCGGAGACAUCAUCCAUGACCUGCCCUUCAUCUACAGAAACCUCCACUACUUGACCGCUGCCUCCCACACAGAAAACAUUUCUGACUCCGUCGUUAAAGCCGCUGCUCAGACAGACGAGAGGAACAUCUGUCUGCACUUCAUCCGACACAGCUGCAAGUUCCUGGAAAAGUGCCUCCGUGUUCACUUCCAGCUGCCCUACAAGUGGGAGGUGUUUGAUGGUGACAGCUGGACAGACCUGCAGCACAUGGAGGACAUCGAGCGAGCUUUCUGUGACCCGUCUCAAACGCAGAGCCACGGAGUUCGGCCGGUCGACUUCCUGACGAUGACUCACGAGUCGCAGCCCGUUCGACGUCUAUCCACGGUUUCCUCGGUAACAAAGCCACCUCACUACACGCUGACGACCAAGUGGCUGUGGUACUACAAGGGCGACCAGGGGAACUGGGUGGAGUACGGCCAGCCGGAUGAGAAGCAGCGCUCCACGUCAGUGAGCUCCAGCAGUCUGGAGGAGCUUUACCUGUCUGACAGAACAGCCGAGGUCGCCGUGGUCAAAGGUCAGCGGCAGUACGUCAUCAGCUUCAAAGACAUGUACCAGAGGAACCACAAACACAACACCAAGAGGAGAGUUCGCCGUCGUCCGCGCUUCGUCUCUGAGGCUGAUGUGGAGAAACAGGCGACUCAGUAGAGAAACAUCUGGACCUGUACGAGUGCCUUAACAGUUCAACACCUGAAACUGUUUCCACUUCCUGUGUGUCCUCCCACUUCCUGUUACUGUAAUAAUGUUCCUGACACGGACGUCAGUGUCGUGUCUGUCAGACUGUCCUUUAUGUUACAUCUGUUGUUGCCAUCCCCAAAAACCAAGUGUGUCAACACCGUCUGACAGUCAGGACGUAAAACAGAUCCAGUCCAGCAGCUCCACAACAACAACAACAACAACAACAACAACAACAACAAGUAAAUAAAAUAAAAACAAGAAAGGAAAUGUUUUUGAAAACAUUGAACACAUGUUUGUGGAGGUUUUCUGCAGGAGAAAUAUGGACCAUCUGGAUGGUUUCUGUUUAUUGGACUUAAAGGGUUUUUAAAUAUAUGAAAUAUAAAUUUACUUUGCACAUGUUCUUUGUUGGUGUUAUGUAUGUUGUUUGAUAAAAUAGAAUUAUCUUUCUAUUGAUUAUGUAUCUGAGACCUUCUAUAGAGCUGCACUUUAUAUUUCAGAGUAAGAUGUACUGUAUUUUUUAAAGCUUUUAUUCAGUCUGGUUUGUUUUCAGCAGACUUUGAGUUUUUCUGACGGUCACCUGUUUGUGUCUUUGCUAACGUGUUUAGCUUCCAUGUGUCUGCACAGCAACAUAGCGGCAGACUGUAAACACUGUAAAUCUGUUCUGUCAUCAUGUUGCUUUGAAUUAAACAUCUCAAACUGUCGUAAA